AGCCGACAACAGAGAGGAAUUUUUUUCACUUUUAGAUUUUUUCCCCUCUCUUCACUCUCCAGCAUCGUUUUCUGUUCUCAAUAAUCCCAUUUCCAUCACCAUAACAUCCAGUUUGCGACAUCUGUUUCAAUAUAUUUGAAGAUUUUGAGCUUCGUGGAGAAGCUUCGUUGAGAUUGGGUGUUCUUUUUGAGUUCCAGAAUCUUGGUGUUAGGUUGAAACUUUGCCACUUCAUGUGUGCAAUAUGUACAAUUGCAUAAACUUCAUUUGAGAAGUAUGUAACCCACAAAAAAAAGAAAAGAAAAAGGAUGUGGUUAUCCUGCGUUUUGAUAAUAUGAAGACUACACAGGGCACUAAAGAAUCAACUCAAGCUUCUCGUGAUUCGACGACAAAUGAAAAAGCGAAUGAGAAGGCAAAUGAUAAAAUAAAUACAACUGAGGCACCUAUCACAGAUUCAAGUUCUGUAUCCGCAACAAGCAAUGAUAGCAAGAGAGUGUCACCUCAAGAUAUUGAAUUUGUCCAGAAUUUAAUCGAGCGGUGCUUACAGUUAUACAUGAAUAGAGAUGAGGUGGUUAAAACACUCCUGACUCGUGCAAGAAUAGAUCCUGGAUUUACAACUCUGGUAUGGCAGAAAUUGGAAGAAGAAAAUGCGGACUUUUUCCGAGCGUAUUAUAUAAGGUUGAAACUGAAAAAGCAGAUCCUCUUAUUCAACCAUUUGCUGGAGCAUCAAUAUCACCUCAUGAAGUAUCCUAUGCCUCCCAAGGUUCCUUUGGCUCCUAUACAGAAUGGGAUUCACCCUAUGCCUGUUAAUAACUUACCUAUGGGGUACCCAGUCCUUCAGCAACCUAUGGCUCCAGUCCCAGGUCAACCCCAUAUUGAUACUAUGAGUAAUGGAAUAUCAAGUUGUCAUAUAGUCAAUGGAGUCCCUGCACCAAAAAAUUAUCAUCCUAUUCGGAUGAAUUCUGGGAACGAUGCAUUGUCAUCCAUGUCCGAGAUUCCUAUGAGUCCUACAUCUGUGGCAUCAAGUGGUCAUUUCCCAUUCUCAGCAUCAGAAAUCUCCGGAAUUGGAGCGGAUACUUCAACUCUCGAAACUCCGUUUACAUCAGAUGUUGCAAAUUCUGUGGGUUUGCAACUUCCACCAGAUGGCACGGAUGGAAAUUCCCGGGAUUCUUUCAGAUCAUUGGAUCAAAUUCAAUGGAACUUCAGCUUGCCGGAUCUAACAGCAGAUUUGUCAAAUUUGGGAGAUUUAGGAGCUUUGGGGAAUUAUCCUGGUUCUCCAUUUCUCCCCUCUGAUUCAGAUAUUUUGCUCGAUUCCCCAGAGAAUGAGGAUUUAGUUGAGGAGUUUUUCGUCGAUUCCGUCCCCGAUCCAUCAUGCUCGCAGUCGGAUGAGGAGAAAUCUUAGAUGCAAGGUUAGGCAGUCGGUGUUUCUUUUUUCACUUUGAUUAGUGGUAACUAAUAAACCUUUGCUAGAAAUUUUGUGGUGAAUGUUAUCUUCGGAUUAGAGCAUAUCUCGGACAUCGAUUGCGGUUAGCUCGUAUCCUUGUAUUAUUCCCGAGUAGAAAAGUAGACAUGCCAGUGGAGGAAUUUCUGUGCAUUGUUCUUUUGGAAAGCUCUUAAUAGUUUGAAAUCUUCUUUUACGUCUU